ACCUACAGUACCCAAGCGCCUUUGCGGUUCUUAGCUCUCGAAACGUGCCUCGAGUUGUUUGAGUAAGGCGUCGUUAGUGUUGCACAUCCGGAAGGACAGUAUCGUUUAUAAAGAGAAAGAUCCUGGGCUUUGUGCUUUUUUUGUAUGCGUGAAGGGUGCAGAUGGAAUCGGGGGCGGGGCCGAUGCGGGUGCUGGUGACGGGCGGGACCGGCCUGGUGGGCCGGGCGAUCGAGCGCGUGGUGAGCGAGGAGGGCGGGGCGCGGGACGGCGAGCGGUGGACGUUCCUCUCCUCGCGGGACGCCGACCUGACAGAUGCGGCGGAGACGCGGGCCGUGUUCGAGAAGCACCGCCCCACCCACGUGAUCCACCUGGCGGCCAUGGUGGGGGGGCUGUUCCGGAACAUGCGCCAGAACCUGGACUUCUGGAGGAACAACGUUCACAUCAAUGACAACGUGCUGCAGACGGCUCACGAGAUGGGCGUGGUCAAGGUGGUGUCCUGCCUGUCCACCUGCAUCUUCCCCGACAAGACCACCUACCCAAUCGAUGAGAGCAUGAUCCACAAUGGCCCCCCUCACCAAUCCAACUUCGGGUACUCCUACGCCAAGAGGAUGAUCGACGUGCAGAACAGGGGGUAUUUUCAGCAGUAUGGCCGUCGGUUCACGGCUGUAAUUCCCACCAAUGUGUUUGGUCCCCAUGACAACUUCAACAUCGCUGACGGGCACGUGCUUCCUGGACUCAUACACAAGGCCUACAUCGCACAAAAGCAGGGGUCCCCUCUGCAGGUCUGGGGGUCUGGCACCCCAAGAAGGCAGUUCAUCUACUCUCUGGACCUGGCUCGUCUGUUCCUCUGGGUGCUCAGAGAAUACGAUGAGAUCGACCCUAUAAUACUGUCAGUGGGGGAAGAGGAUGAGGUCUCUAUAAAGGAAGCUGCGGAGUGUGUCGUCGACGCUCUCGGUUUCAAAGGCCAGAUUGUUGUAUCCUUUCAAAAGUGGAACACGCACACACACACACACACUCUCCUGAGUUCUCCUGCCCUUAAUCUCUGGUGUCAGUUUGACAGCAGCAAAGCGGACGGGCAGUUUAAGAAGACGGCCAGCAACGGCAAACUGCGCCGCUACCUCCCCGAGUUCCCCUUCACGCCCUUCUCCCAAGGUCAGAGCUCCCCGAGUUCCCCUUCACGCCCUUCUCCCAAGGUCAGAGCUCCCCGAGUUCCCCUUCACGCCCUUCUCCCAAGGUCAGAGCUCCCCGAGUUCCCCUUCACGCCCUUCUCCCAAGGUCAGAGCUCCCCGAGUUCCCCUUCACGCCCUUCUCCCAAGGUCAGAGCUCCCCGAGUUCCCCUUCACGCCCUUCUCCCAAGGUCAGAGCUCCCCGAGUUCCCCUUCACGCCCUUCUCCCAAGGUCAGAGCUCCCCGAGUUCCCCUUCACGCCCUUCUCCCAAGGUCAGAGCUCCCCGAGUUCCCCUUCACGCCCUUCUCCCAAGGUCAGAGCUCCCCGAGUUCCCCUUCACGCCCUUCUCCCAAGGUCAGAGCUCCCCGAGUUCCCCUUCACGCCCUUCUCCCAAGGUCAGAGCUCCCCGAGUUCCCCUUCACGCCCUUCUCCCAAGGUCAGAGCUCCCCGAGUUCCCCUUCACACCCUUCUCCCAAGGUCAGAGCUCCCCGAGUUCCCCUUCACGCCCUUCUCCCAAGGUCAGAGCUCCCCGAGUUCCCCUUCACGCCCUUCUCCCAAGGUCAGAGCUCCCCGAGUUCCCCUUCACGCCCUUCUCCCAAGGUCAGAGCUCCCCGAGUUCCCCUUCACGCCCUUCUCCCAAGGUCAGAGCUCCCCGAGUUCCCCUUCACACCCUUCUCCCAAGGUCAGAGCUCCCCGAGUUCCCCUUCACGCCCUUCUCCCAAGGUCAGAGCUCCCCGAGUUCCCCUUCACGCCCUUCUCCCAAGGUCAGAGCUCCCCGAGUUCCCCUUCACGCCCUUCUCCCAAGGUCAGAGCUCCCCGAGUUCCCCUUCACGCCCUUCUCCCAAGGUCAGAGCUCCCCGAGUUCCCCUUCACGCCCUUCUCCCAAGGUCAGAGCUCCCCGAGUUCCCCUUCACGCCCUUCUCCCAAGGUCAGAGCUCCCCGAGUUCCCCUUCACACCCUUCUCCCAAGGUCAGAGCUCCCCGAGUUCCCCUUCACGCCCUUCUCCCAAGGUCAGAGCUCCCCGAGUUCCCCUUCACGCCCUUCUCCCAAGGUCAGAGCUCCCCGAGUUCCCCUUCACGCCCUUCUCCCAAGCUGUCAAGGAGACCUGCGAUUGGUUUGUCGCCAACUAUGACACGGCCCGCAAGUGAAGGUCCUGUCGCCCGAUUGGACGGCGUCGGUGGGUUAGGAGGACGGAGGCGGGACUCUCCAGUACCACAGAAGAAGAGCGAAGGACAGAAUGUGACCAACGGAAUGGAGGUUCGGGAAACGCGGAAUGAAGCGCCUGCGAGCGGAAACCAUCGUGCGAGACCAGGGAUGUCCAGCUCAAGCUUUGGUGGCUCACUCCAAUCGCUUGUUUUACCUCCUUGCGUCCUUUCCUUGCUUCCUUACCUCCACCCAAACGGAGGACGCAAGGAAAGGACGCGAGGACGGAUGAAUUGAAGAAACGUGCCCUAGGCAAACGGUCAGUCGAGCGUCGGUUUGGAGCCACGUCAGUUACAGAUGGAGAGAGGUGUAUCCGCAGGUUCAAACAAUUAUACGUCUCUCGGUCCGAAAGAAAUACUUCCACAAAGGAGGUUUCCUUCCUCAAGCAUCUUUGGGAGCCUCUCCCUCCCUCAAGGAGCAUUUAACGGGUUAUAAGGUCCUUAUAGAUGGACCUCAAUCGAUUGCCAGGUCAAUCAAGGACCAAGGAGAUGAGGUCGGAUAAAAUAAGCAAUUGGAAUGAGCCCCUAGAGGGACUCAGAUACCCACAGGUGUCCAUCAACAGCUCAUAUAGGCUUUGGAAACAAGCUUUGUGGACUUUAUUAAACUUGAAUGAAGCACUUUAGUGCUGAAAUACGCUGGUCCUCCAGCACUGGAGUCUGACCCCCGUGGUCGGUGGUUUGAAAAGACCUGCGAAGCUCUCGGUAAUUAAGCGGCCAUUUUGGCUCCUCUGUCAUCCUGGCGUUCCAUGUUGGCUCCAAUCCAUCCCCACCUUUGACACUAAACUGACAAUCUUCACACUGUGCACAUUCAGAAUGUGUUACUGCUUCAGGGAUAAUGGGUGUGCUAAAUGCAUUUUUUUAAUUUUUUAUUUGUGCUUUCAGUCAAAAUCGGUGUAAUGUUCCUAGGGGUGUUGAUUAAUAGUAUUGUAAAGUAGGAGUAAAGAUUCUAGUAAUGUG